AUGGCUCCUCAAGUGAUACAGUGCGAUCACUCGACCUGGCUGCAUCCAUACGAAUCGAUCACAUCAUUCGCAGACAUACACCAUCUGGAAGAUUUGAAACGGCGACAGAUAGCUGUGGUAGGGGAUGUUAGGGAAAUGUUUUUCCAACUUCUCAUUCGUGCCUGGGAUCGUCAAUCGCAAUGCUUCGUAUGGCAUGAUAACCCAUCACUACCAGUCGAAGUCUACGUGAUCGAUGUUGCCACUUUCGGUUCAACGUGCUCACCAUGCUCGGCGCAGUACGUAAAGAACCGGAAUGCAGAGGAGUACAGAACAGAAUUUCCAGAAGCCGUCGAAGCAAUAAUCAACAACCACUACGUCGAUGACUACCUCGACAGUAGGGACACCGAAGAAGAGGCAAUCCGAAUAGCGUCAGACGUUAAGCAAGUUCAUGCAAAGGCUGGGUUCGAGCUCCGUAACUGGUUGUCAAAUUCGGAAGAAGUUGUUCGACGAGUCGGGGAAAGCUCUGCAAGCGAAUGCAAAAGCUUCGCGACGGACAAGUCUACAGGGAUCGAAAGAGUCCUCGGCAUGCGAUGGCAGCCCAUCAAAGAUGAAUUCACCUUCAAACUUUGCUUGCGGGAAGACGUUGCGCAGUUGUUGGAUGGCGAUACGAUUCCGACCAAUCGAUGGCGUCAGUGGGUGCAAGCAAUUAAAAGACUGGAUCGAGAAACGGUGCCGCGAUGCUACUUUCCAGGAUACAGCAGUGCCGGCUUGGACAACAUAGAACUACAUGUAUUUGUGGAUGCAAGUCUAGUAGCGUUUUCUUGCGUGGCAUACUUCCGUAUCAUCGAUCAAGGACAAGUACGCUGCGCAUUGGUGGCAGCAAAGUCCAAGGUAGCCCCGUUGAAACCACUGUCCAUUCCACGACUGGAAUUGCAAGCGGCAGUUCUUGGCAGUCGCCUGAUGAAGUCUGUUCAAGAGAGCCACACAUUACCUAUUCGACGUCGAAUGAUCUGGAGUGAUUCAAGCACGGUCUUGUCAUGGAUCCAGUCGGAUCAACGUAGAUAUCGACAGUCUGUCGCAGUGAGAGUCGGUGAAAUCCUGAGCGAAACCAGUGUAGACGAAUGGCGGAAAGUUCCGGGAAAGCUGAACGUGGCUGACGAGGCAACAAAAUGGGGAGAAGGACCAUGCUUCAAAAACGGUUCUCGGUGGUUUACGGGUCCCGAGUUCCUGUACAAGGCUGAAUUGGAAUGGCCAGGAAACGAGCUACCAGAACCGAACAUACCAGAGGACUUAAGAGUCAUCCACGCACACCAUCGUGAAAUCACGGAACCGUUGAUCGACUACAGACGUUUCUCCAAGUGGGAAAGACUCCAGCGAGUAACUGCGUACAUGCUCCGUUUCUGUGCUAACUGUUCUGGAAAGGUGCGUGGAGAAAAAAUAGAAGCCGGUGAAGUCUUGUCGCAGGAAGAGCUGCAGUUCGCGGAAGAAACACUCUUUCGCUGGAUACAAACGGAAACGUAUCCCGACGAGAUGAUCGCAGCUGAAGAACAACAUCAACGAUUUCCGGACCAAGCCCCCAGACUCGAGAGAACCAGUCCACUCUGCAAAUUGUCACCGAUGUUGGACGAAACAGGAAUGCUGCGGAUGGAUGGACGUAUUGGUGCCACUCAUUACGCAACGUACGCCGCUAGAUUUCCGGUUAUUCUGCCAAAAAACCACUACGUCACUGAUCUUAUCCUGAACUGGUAUCAUCGACAAUACGGUCAUGGGAACUCUGAGACUGUGGUGAACGAGGUAAGACAGAGGUUCCAUGUCUCCAGUUUGCGAAAUGCUGUCCGCAAAGUAGCAAAGACAUGCAAGUGGUGUGUCGUUCGAAAGGCCACGCCUCAACCUCCUCGUAUGGCAUCGCUUCCAGAAUGCAGGCUAGCAGCGUACAUUCGACCGUUCACCUUCGUGGGUAUGGAUUAUUGUGGACCGUUCUUUAUCCGGAUUGGCAGAGCAAGUGCCAAGAGAUGGGUGGCUCUGUUUGUUUGCCAGACGGUACGGGCCAUCCACCUUGAAGUAGUGAACUCAUUGUCUACAGAAUCCUGCAAAAUGGCGGUGAGGCGGUUUAUCGCUAGAAGAGGUGCUCCGCAAGAGAUCUAUAGCGAUCAGGGCACGAACUUUCAGGGCGCAAGCAACGAUUUGAAGCGGGAGAUAGCCCAAAUCAACAGUUCAUUGGCCAACACAUUCACCAACCGGAAUACGUCGUGGCGGUUCAAUCCGCUUAGUUCGGUCCGUCAAGACCACAGAGAAACGGUCAUCAAGGAGUGCGCGGAAAAGGGAAUCCAGUGGCAUUUCAAUCCACCCAGUGCACCACAUUUUGGAGGACUGUGGGAGACAGCUGUACGGUCAGCUAAAACCCACUCGUUCAAGGUCGUUGGAGAAACACCGUUGUCGACCGAAGAUUUGACCACACUUCGGGUGCAGAUUGAAGGUUGUCUCAACUCACGACCGUUAACGCCGAUAUCCGAUGAUCCCACUGAUUUUGAGCCUCUGACGCCUGGCCACUUCUAG